AUGGUGCAGCACAUCUUCCGGAUCCAUGGACUCCCAGUGGACAUGGUCUCUAACCGGGGUCCGCAGUUCUUGUUCUGGAAGGCGUUCUGCACGCUCAUUGGGUCAUCGGCUAGCCUGUCCUUUGGAUUCCACCCUCAGUCCAGCGGCCAGUCGGAGCAACAGAGACGACUAUUCGCUGCCUACCUCCGCUCUUCCCUGGGCAAGAGUAGGUCAGCAAACCCUCUGCCCAGAUGUUCAUCCGCUGCUGUCGCCGCACCUGGAGGAGAGCUUGGGCUGCUCUGUUGGAGACCACUUCCAGGUAUAGGCGACAAGCGGAUCGCUACGGGACCCCUGCUACAUGAUAUCGGCCCACCCCUCCUCCCCUUGUCAUCGAUGGCCAUACACAGCGUACACGGUGCUACGUGUAAAGGUUCUACGUGUAAAGGUUCUACGUGUAAAGGUUCUACGUGUCUAGGUGCUACGUGUAUAAGUGCUACGCGUGCUACGUUUAAAGGUGCUACGUGUAAAGGUGCUACGUGUAAAGGUGCUACGUGCAAAGGUGCUACGUGUAAAGGUUCUACGUGUAAAGGUGCUAUGUUCAAAGGUGCUACGUGUAAAGGUUCUACGUGUAAAGGUGCUACGUGUAAAGGUGCUACGUGUAAAGGUGCUACGUGUAAAGGUGCUACGUUUAAAGGUACUACGUGUAAAGGUGCUACGUGUAAAGGUGCUACGUGCAAAGGUGCUACGUGUAAAGGUUCUACGUGUAAAGGUGCUAUGUUCAAAGGUGCAAAGGUGCUAAGUGUAAAAGGUGCUACGUGUAAAGGUGCUAUGUGUAAAGGUGCUACGUGUAAAGGUUCUACGAGUGCUACGUGUAAAGGUUCUACGUGUAAAGGUUCUACGUGUAAAGGUUCUACGUGUCUAGGUGCUACGUGUAUAAGUGCUACGCGUUCUACGUGUAAAGGUGCUACGUGUAAAGGUGCUACGUGUAAAGGUGCUACGUGUAAAGGUGCUACGUUUAAAGGUACUACGUGUAAAGGUGCUACGUGUAAAGGUGCUACGUGCAAAGGUGCUACGUGUAAAGGUUCUACGUGUAAAGGUGCUAUGUUCAAAGGUGCUACGUGUAAAGGUGCUACGUGUAAAGGUGCUACGUGCAAAGGUGCUACGUGUAAAGGUGCUACGUGCAAAGGUGCUACGUGUUCUACGUGUAAAGGUGCUACGUGUAAAGGUGCUACGUGUAAAGGUGCUACACCCAGAACUUCUCAGAACUUCUCCCCUGUGUGGAACAUAGGCGAAUUUCAACAGCACUAG